AUGGUCAGGGAAGGCAGCGAUGUCGAUGUGAAGACCUACAACGUGGCCAUGACCGCCUGCGAGCUGGCCUCGCAGUGGCAACGCGGCCUGAUGCUAAUGAAGGACAGGGCGCAGGCUGAGAUUCCCUGGCAGCAACGAAGCAUCGUGACCUACGGCGCAGCGAUCAAGGCCUGUAGAGCACAGUGGAUCGUGGCCUUGCAGCUACUCGAGGAGCUCAAGUUCCAACGCUUGGAGCUGAACGUCAUCGUCGUCAAUGGCGCCAUCAGUAUUUGCGCGGAGUCUGAGCAGUGGCAGCAGGCCUUGGUUCUACUGGAAGACAUGGAACUGCAACAGCUACGGCCCACAGUGGUAUCCUUCAGUUCAGCCAUCACUGCCGUUGGGACCAGCUCCUUGUGGCCUGUGGCACUACAUUUGCUCCACAGGGCGCGGCGAGUGGCCAAUGUGGUCACCUACAACGCAGCCAUCACCGCGUGCGGCAAGGGGAGACGAUGGCAGAUCGCCUUGCAACUGCUACAGGAUUUACCAUCGGAACUUCCCUCAGAAGUGACCUUUGCAGCUGCCGUCAGCGCUUGUACUGAGGCGGCCGAGUGGCCGCAUAGCCUGAAACUCUUAGAGCUCAUGGAAGAUGCCAACUGUAGCUGUCAGGUGGCCUACAACAGCGCCAUCAGCGCAUGUGAAAAAGCCGGGCUCUGGCGAAUGGCUUUGCUUCUGCUGGAGACCUUGUUGGCUUCGGGCAUGGCUGACUCUCGGUCGAGGUAGGUGUCAUCACGGCAGGGAGCUCCGGGAAAUU